AUGGUGACAAAGUUUUACCAGCAUGCCCUGGCCUUGGCUUUUGCUGUCAAUGAGAUCAACGCGAGUCCUCGGAUCCUGCCAAAUGUCACCCUGGGGUUCCACAUCUCUGACAGCUGCUAUGAUGCAAGAAUGAGUUACCGGACCACUCUGGACCUGCUGUUCAAGUCACGUAGCUUUGUCCCAAAUUAUAAAUGUGUUACCUCCCAAAAUGUAAUAGCCAUUGUUGGUGGACUUGAUGCUGCUACCUCCUUCCUUAUGGUGGAUAUCUUAGGACUUUACAAGAUUCCACAGCUCACAUAUGGCUCAUUUGCCCCCGAGGAGAGAGAGGCAACAGAGUUUCCUUCUUUUUACCACAUGGUCCCAAAUGAAAGCCCUCAGUAUAGCGGGAUAACCCAGUUGCUUCUCCAUUUUGGAUGGACCUGGGUUGGGCUCUUUGCUGCAGAUGAUGACACUGGAGAACAUUUCCUGCAGGCCUUGGAGCCAUUGCUUUCCAAGAAUCAAAUUUGUUUGGACUUCAUAGAAAAAGUCCCAAGCCAAAUCAAGUUCCGGCAUUUCUAUGAUGUUUAUGACUUAGUCUUAAAUAUACAUCGACCUUUUGCUCAGAGCAAAGCCAAUGUUUUUAUCAUCAGUGGUGGAUCUAUGGUCAUCAUAGCAAUGAAUACUGUGAUGUUUAUAGGAGAUCCAGGAUAUGAAAGAAAUACAUUAUAUAGAAAAGUAUGGAUUAUGACAGCUCAAGCUGAUUUCAUACAAUCCAGCAUUCUAAAGAACUUGAGUUUCUACCUGUUUGAAGGUGCUUUUUUAUUCAUGGUUAGCACCAAUAAGUUUCUAGGAUUUGAGAAGUUUCUUCAAAAUAUACACCCUUCCUCGACAAAAGGGAAUGGAUUCCUCAAGAUCUUUUGGGAGCAAGCAUUUGGUUGCACACUUCCAAAUUCCGAGGAGCCAGUACAGAGCAGUGAAACAUGUACUGGGGAGGAAAGAUUGGAAAAUCUUCCUGGGCAUAUAUUUGAAAUGCGCAUGUCUGGCCACAGCUAUAGUAUCUAUAAUGCUGCCUAUGUUGUAUCACAUGCUUUGCACACCAUGGACUCAUCUAGAUCCAAUCACAGAGAAACAGUGAAUGACAAAAGCGAACCAGAUAUCCAAGCUUGGGAGCUCCACUCGCUUCUUCAAGGUCUUUCCUUUAAUAAUUCAGCAGGAGAAACCAUGUCUUUUAAUAAGAACAAGGAAAUAGGAACUGGAUUUGACAUUGUUAACAUGGUGAUGUUCCCAAACAAGUCCUUUAUAAGAGUGAAAGUAGGAAGAGUGGAUGCAGAUGCUCUCGACGGAAAAGGAUUUAGCAUUCACAAGGAUAUGAUUGUAUGGCACAGGCAUUUUAACCAGGUGGUGCCCAUUUCUGUGUGCAAUGAUUACUGCCAACCUGGUUAUCAAAAGCAAAAGAAGGAAGGGGAGAAAUUUUGUUGCUACAAUUGUGUUCCAUGCCCACAAGGGAAGUUUUCCAACUCCAAAGACAUGGAUGACUGCUUCACAUGUCCAGAGGAUCAAUAUCCAAGCAAGGACCAAGAUGGAUGCAUCCCGAAAGAUUUAAGCUUCCUGUCUUUCGAAGAACCUUUAGGGAUCAGAUUGGCUUCCCUCGCUCUUUCUUUGUCCCUUAUCACAGUUUGGAUUCUGAGAACUUUUAUUAAACACAAGGAUACCCCCAUCGUCAAAGCCAACAACCUGGAUAUCUCAUACACUCUGCUCCUCUCCCUCCUACUCUGCUUCCUCUGCUCUUUGCUCUUUAUUGGACAACCUCAGACGGCCACUUGCAUCCUCCGACAAUCUACGUUUGGCAUUGUCUUCUCUGUGGCUGUGUCUUGUGUGCUGGCCAAAACUAUCAUUGUAGUUGUGGCUUUUAUGGCCAAUAAACCUGGGUCUGGCAUGAGGAAAUGGGUGGGGAAAACACUGGCCAAUUACAUUGUGAUCUCUUGCUCCCUUAUUCAAGCAGGCAUUUGUACAGUGUGGGUGGCAAUCUCUCCCCCAUUCCAAGAUUUUGAUGUUCACUCAUUGACUCAAGAGAUCUUAGCAGAAUGUAAUGAAGGCUGUCUGUUUUAUAUUGUCCUGGGAUACAUGGGACUUCUCUCCCUUAUCAGCUUGACUGUGGCUUUCCUAGCUAGGAACUUACCAGAUAGUUUCAAUGAAGCCAAGUUCAUCACCUUCAGCAUGUUGAUCUUUUGCAGUGUUUGGGUGACUUUUGUUCCAACCUACCUAAGCACCAAAGGGAAAUACCUGGUAGCUGUGGAGAUCUUCUCUAUCUUGGCCUCCAGUGCAGGGCUACUGGCUUGUAUCUUUUCCCCUAAAUGCUAUAUUAUUCUAGUGCGGCCUGAAUUGAACAAUAAAGACUACAUAAUGAGAAAAUAA